AUGGUUGUGGGAACAUCUUUCAACAUGGCGAAUAACAGUUGGAUCCCAAAAUCAGCAGUGAAUGAUUUACACGUCGCAGCCCAACCGCUCGCUAUUAUGAAGAUCCCGAGAUCAGGUAAUCAGAUCUGCCAGAUUUCAACAAUCGUUUGGUUUGACUUUGGGAACCUAUCAGGAGAGGGCCAAUUUGAGGGAAACUUGGUUUUUUUUCUUCUGGCAAACAAGCUUCGGAUCUCAAUCUGGUAG